GGGGAUGGGGAGAGGCAUGGGCCAUGGCGGACAAGGACAAGAAGAAACUGAAGGUCACUCUCAAGCUUCCCAAGACACAUAUGAAAUCUCCAGCAACAGCACCUUUACCAGUGGGAGCGCAGGCAGCACCAAAUUCGUCCGCCUCUGCUCUUUCAUUCCUUUCAUCACAAUUCUCGCCUUCACAAGAUCACCGCAAAAAUGUGUCAUCUCAUCAUGCUGGCGCAUUAUCCUCGGCGCUGCAAGCUCAGUCCGCUUCUCACCUCAGAUCGGCAUCGGCAUCGGCCUCUGCGGCAGCACCCGGAUCGGUUGCGGCAUCGACAACGACAUCAGCCCCCGGCAGUGCGUCCAAUGCCCCAAACACUCAACAGCACACGCCUCUUAAGAAGAGGAAGUUCAAGGUCGUCGGCAGAGCGGGGCGCUGGUCGUGGGGGCUCCCAGCGCCGACGAUAAUCUAGCCGGUGUCAGGGAUGGCGCAAUCAGUUUUGCUGCGGCGGCCUCGUCCGGAGCCGCAGCGCGCGCGUCCCCGGCUGCUUAAUUACCACCACCGGCCAAGAAGUCGCACAAGAAACAGGUCAAGCCGGAACCUAAACCUGAAUUGCCUGCGCCUGGUGUCGGGCUAGUGUCUCUCAAGGCCCACCACAACAGACGCAGCUACCGCUGCAACCGAUCUCCAAACCCCUGCUAGAAGGUGUCCUUGACAAGCUGCAAAAGAAAGACACCUAUGGAGUUUUCGCAGAACCUGUGGAUGCGGCUCAGGUUCCGGAUUAUUAUGACGUUAUCAAAGAUCCGAUGGAUUUUGUAACAAUGAGGAAGAAAAUUAACAAGAUCGCUUACUCAACCAUGGAGUCUUUUGAGAGAGGAGCACAAGGUUUCAGAAUAAGAUGCAAGUACCUCAGUCAACCAACGCAAAAGAGCUAAAACAUGACACCGAAGGUUUCUGAUGAGGAGAGCGUAGAAGAGUACAUGUUAAAUACUAUUGAUCAGUACGUGGAUGCUACUGCUGGAGGAUCUGCCAGCAGAUGUUUACACACAUAGCUGCGAGUACGAAUAGUUCCAGGGAGAAUGGUGGACGAACUCUUACUGCACACCUCUUUGAAAAGAUUGCUGAGUUCAUGGAAUCGGAUGUAAAGGCUGCAAUUUGAGAUGGUGAUCUCUGUUGGAACUUACUGAUUAUUUCCAUAGAAUCAAAUGAGUUCGAAUUACAGUGUGC